AUGGCGGUCGCGCCUCAUACUGAAAAGAUAUCUCUAGCGGAGGCGAAGGACCAGCGGAAGCAAGCUGAACUUGAUGCGCAGCUUCUGGCAAAUCGCAUUGCACUCCUUCGGUGCCGUGUGCCCUGCGGCAUCUCUGUUGCCCUCAACAGCGAUAAUGCCCCUGAGCUGUUCUGCCUGCGUCCGUUCCGCAUAUUUCGGCUCUUUUCUCGUCAGCAACAAGCCGAACGAGAGCGGCAGGUUUUGGAAAUCCAACAAGCGAAUGCGGCACAACGGGAACGUGACAAGAGGGCUAGAGACGAAGCUAGGAGACGGCAAACAGAAGCCAAGAGGAGAGACGUGCUGCGAGCGAAACAAGAACAUGCUCUGGCUGCCGAGCAGAGACGCCAUUAUGAUGAGGAACAACAAGAAUAUAACAUUCAGCGUUCGCAGCAAGUCCGCAGAGAACAACAGCAAUCGCGUGAGAGGAGACGGCUUGAACAGGUGCAGUCAAACACAACGGCUCCUUUCCCUUUCCAAGACUGGCAACAAGAACGUGCCUCUUUGCCACAGAGGGUAGAAGUGUUAGCGCUCUCACCAGCUCAGCAAAGGCUUUUCGAACCCCACCUGCUGAUACCACUGAUUGUUCGACUUCAGCAACGUCGCCUUGAGGAAACCCACUCCAAUUACGAUGCAAGAGUGGCAGAGGAAGAAAGGAAGGUGAAGUCUCAGUAUGCCCUGACGUGCUCUUAUAUAACGUUUAAACGGGAGCUGAGGGAAGCGUUUGCGGCGAAGGUAGCUGAGCUUGAGCGUGAAGAAAGGGAACUGAUCAACCGGCUCCAGCAAACACACGCACAGCAACAAAGUGUGUGCCAGGAAUUAGAUGCCGCCCUUAGCGCCACUCCGCGGGCCAAUUCCACCCGUGAUAAGUGGGGUAACAGCUUUGGCUCGGAGGGCCCUCAGCGACGAAGUCCGCCGUCCGCCUCGAAGCGGUCUCAAGCAAAGAUUAUGAGGGAACUGGGGUCCAGUGGCAUUAAAGGAUAUGGAUCGAGAAUUGGCGAAGAGCUGGCAGAGCAGCAAUGA